UCGAGUUGACCGGGCAAACGAGACGCCAGGGACAAGUCCACCAACCAAUCUCUCCUCCUCGCCGGCGAAACAGGCGAAAAUGGAGAACCCGCCGCCCCGGUGGCCGCCGGGCUUCCGCUUCAGCCCCACCGAUGAGGAGCUCGUCCUCUAUUUCCUCAAGCGCCGGAUCGCCUCCGGCCGCCCUACCCCCUACAUCGCCGACGUCGACGUCUACAAGUCCCACCCCUCCCACCUCCCCGAGAGGUCGGCGCUGCGGACGGGGGACAAGCAGUGGUUCUUCUGCAGCCGUCUGGACCGCAAGUACCCUAACGGCUCGCGCGCGAGCCGCACCACCGCCGAAGGGUACUGGAAGGCCACGGGGAAGGACCGCACCAUCUGCAACGGCGGCCGGGCCGUGGGGAACAAGAAGACGCUGGUGUACCACCACGGCCGCGCCCCGCGCGGGGAUCGCACGGACUGGGUCAUGCACGAGUACACCAUCCUCGGCGACGCGCUCCCGCCGACCGCGCAGGGACGCGAGGGGUACGCACUCUACAAGCUCUUCCAGAAGAGCGGGGUGGGGCCCAAGAACGGCGAGCAGUACGGCGCGCCCUUCCGGGAGGAGGAUUGGCUGGAUGACGACGAAGGUGAGCUGCAGCUGCCUGUGGAGGCCGCUGAUCCUAUCCCUACCACCGUCGCUAGUGAUAGAGCCGGGACAGUGGACGAGCAGAUUGGGGAUCUUGAGGCGCUCUUGCUGCAAACUGGAAAUGAUCAGAUAAACAUUGGACCACCGUCGGAUUUGUCAACGCCUGUUCCUUCACAAGUUUUGUUUCAGCAUGGUCAAAGUCAAGGUUGGCCUACUGCUGAGGAUAACAGAAGUGAGGUUGCAGAUGCUACCACUAGCAGCAGGGCUAUGUUAGUGGCGGACAAUACGUGCACUGAACUUCCUUUUGGAGAUCUUGAGGGGCUUUUGAUGGAAAUAUCGGAUGAGCAACGGUCUGCCGAAUUGUUCUCCGAAUUCUCAAACCCCGUUCCCCAACUGCAGCUUCAGCAUGAUGACCAAGAGGCUUGGCUCAAUGCUGACAUGGAGGAGGUUAGUGUUGCAGAUUAUACAACUAGUAGUGGUGUUGUGGAGACAGCAGAAUGUACUGGCAUUGAGCUUCCAUAUGGGGAUCUUGAAGGGCUUUUGUUGCAAAUAGAGAAUGACCAGGAAAAUAUUGAACCACUGACAGAUUUCUCUUUACCAGUUUCUCAUCACGAAUGUCAUCAGGUUGGCGUCGGAGAUCUCCAAAGAUGUCAUGGUGCUAUGUUCAGCUCUGUAGAUCCUUCUUCUGCAGUGCAAGGAAGCACCAAUUUUGAGCCACAAUUGGAGCCAAGUAACCAAAUUGCACAGUCUGCUCUAACCUGCAUGCCAUUGAGUUGGGAAGCGAAUUGCACUGAAGAAACAAGUGUGAUGCAAUCUGUGUCAGGGUUGGCCAGUUAUGAUGGUCAGGAUUCGCAUGAGGAGUUCCUUGAAAUCAAUGAUUUCUUUGAUUCAGAAGAUAUAGGACAGAGUAUGAAUUGUACUACAACUGAGCACUUGAUUUCUGCAUCCAGUGGAAUGUUUGAUAGUUUGGAGUAUUCCGAUGCUUCGAUGUUUCUACCUGGCUCAUUUGACACAGCUGGAGUAGUGACUGAAAACCAAUAUGUUGAUUUUGGUGAUAGUGGAUACAAGAGCCAGGGAGUUCAGUACACAGCUGAAUUGUGGGCACACAACCAGGUCGCUCUUAAUAUGCAGAACCACAUGAAGCACAAUCAUGUUGGCUUGUCCUCACAUGCAUCAGGAACUGCCAAUAAUAUAGUGAAUGAGGAACCACUUAACCGAAGUCCAAAUACUUCGCAAUCAUGGUUCAAUUCAGCUUUGUCGACCUUGCUGGAUGCAGUACCUGCCAGUCCAGCUCUGGCUGCUGAAAGCAAUGUUCUUAACAGAACACUCCAACGCAUUUCUAGCUUUAGGUCGGAACAAGUUUCAAAUGAAUCAAGCGCCCCAGUUAUUCAUGUUAGAAGAGGUGGGGCAUUGAUCUCUAUCUCCUUACUGGUUUUACUUGCUGCUAUCUUGUGGACCUUAGCCACUGCCUCUGGGUCUGCAAUCAAGUUUUGCAAGGGGUUAUGGCAAUCCUCUUCUACAUGACAGGAUGAACAGCAACAUUUACCAGUUAUCCUCGUUGCUGAUCCUCACUGUAACUCCUUUUGUCCUCAAGUGUUCUAGUUAUUGUUUUGCUAUUCAUUCACAAUGGAAAAGGCAGAGGACUUGAAACAUUUCCAAAGGAAUAUGAUUUGAGGUGUUAGCUUUCAGUUUAUGCAGGAGGCGAGGAAAACAAAACGAAAUGUGGCAAAAAGAAAACACUGAUUGUAAUAUUUACGACUACUAGUACUUAGCAAUGGCCUAUUUGCUCUCAUCUAGGUAAGGGCAUUGUAUACCUAAUGUAAUUAAUCCACGAAGAGGGGAUGCACCAGUGCACCUGCUGUGCGUAGUAUUGAUAUCUGAAUCUCUCUCUUGUCCCCUGUGAUGCAAAAGAUGCGUAAUCAAUACUUCCUCCAUUUAGUAUUGA